AUGGCAACGGGAGUCGAAUCCGCGUCCAAGACCAUCAUGGCCUUCGUUUGACCUCUGUGCAAGUCGGUAGAUGUCAACUUGAAUUUGACGGGUAGCCGCUGCAAUCGAAACGACUUGUGAUUGGUGGCACUAUGACGCUGGGCAAUAGACAGGAUUUGUCGUGUAACGCGAUUAUAGAAAAUCUUUGUCUGCAAACGCGGCUUAUCAGAUUGGAGAAUCAGACCCCAGGUAUUAGAGCAGGUUGGCCAGCGGUAUUCGCCCUCUCAAUCGCAGCGAGAUCCACAUACAGCAGAUCAGUGGUCUUGGCAGGAUCUGGUGGCUAUAACCCCGCAGUUGUCUGGCUUGAUGUUUCCGCCAAACUGCCUCCCUAACAUUGAAAGCAAAUUAUCGCCUGAGCCUCCAUGGCAGACCCUUUGAGCGUUGGUGCCUCGGUGCUGGCUGUCGUCACGGCCGCCGUUCAGGCGACAAAGUCGCUCCAAGCAACAGUGAAACGCUACAAAGACCGCGACAAGACAUUAAGCAGGCUUCAAGACGAACUGGACGACUUGAUCAUUAUUUUAGCUUCCCUCCAAGAUGUCGUGGAGACCGAGGCUGCAAUACUAGAGCUUCUCAAAGGCCCUGUUAGCCGGUGCAGUCAGCUUUGUCGAGACUUUGAAGUCGCCAUGGAGAAGUUCCGUGGAAAAUCUAAGAUUGGUCUAAGGGAUUGGGCUAGAAUGGAGUUUAUGAGAGGGGAUAUCAACGAAUUCAUGGAUUCUCUCGCGAAUUACAAAUCCACAAUUACAGUUGGCUUGGGCACAAUUACCAUGCGAACCUCCAAACUCAGUCACCAAGUUCUCGAAGGUUACAGCGAGAUGAUCAGUGAUACAACCUACAGUCUCCAGAUCCAUCUUCAACGCGUCGAUGAAAAGCUGGCACGCAUUGCUACAGACAGCACAGCCACUCCCGAUGCACGCAUAGAUCUGCGAGACGAGAAGGAGGUAACCAAGCAGUGCCUAAUCAUCUGUGAAGGCGCCAGGUCCUAUAUCGAAUCCUUACAAGACCAACAACCGUCUUUGCUGCAAAAUGGAAAUUCCGAGGAUAUCGGCAUAGCGCGGAAGCAGUUCGAGGCUCAACGGUUGACAAGUCAAACCCUGAGCACGAAUCGAGACAAGAUCGUCGAAACUAUUGGGCUGCUGCAGGAACGCCUCGCCUCUAUCACUGCGAGUGAUAGCCCCAACCGCGAUAGUGAGAGAUCUCGGUUGCUGGACGACAUCAACCUGUCAAAGCAGUGUCUAGAAGUGUGCAAGCAAGCUUCGGAACAAGUAGCUCAUCAAAAGAUACACACGAUUGGGGAGGUCAUGGCCGAUCAUGACACCGACCAAGUCGUGGUCACCACUCUCGCGGAUCUGUUCGAUGUCAGAAAGGUGUUCGCCAAGAGUAGAUCGACGCAGCUAGUGGGGUCAAUGUUGGAUGAAACCCUCCAAAGACUUUCUGCAGAUCGUUAUAGUAGCCGCUUCGGCGCUGUGAAUGGUAAAAUUGGGCGUGGACAACCUGCUGAUACUGUCUCCACGAGUGACGACGAUAUGCUGUCAUCGAACUCGCGGAGGAAGGACACGCAGCCCGGGGAUCUGGAGACAAGAGAAUAUAAACCGCUUCCCAACGAGAUGAGGAAACGGGCUGCUGAGUGCAAAAACAAUAAGUGAGAGGAGGGUUACCAAAAACAUAUGUAGCGAUAAGAUUUUAUACUCCACACCACAACUUGGUCACAAUCACUUGAGCC